AAACUUCCAGAUACCUUUUACAAACAUGUCUGAAGACUUCGUCCAAAAAGUUUUUGACCUCAUCAGUCUUGAACGCAAUCCGAGAUUGUGGCAAAGCUCCAAUGACAACCUAACCAUGGCCAGGUUGGAACUUCUGUUCCAAUUCCCGCAAACAAGGUUCGAAAACCAACUUGGAAGACUCAAAUCGCCCAUUGAUAAAAAUGAGGCAUUAGCUCAAGCAUGCUUCUCCAAAGCGCAACAAGAAUCAUCUCUGGUCAAGAAAUUGGCUCUUUUAAAUCAAGCAGUGCUCUUCGCCCAUAGUAGACAGUUGGAAGAAGUUCUAAAAGUUCGAAUCCAAUGCCUCCAAGACUCUGGACAUUCAAAGGCGGCUUCCAACGACCUCACCAUAAUGAAAGUCCUCAAUGUGUCCAUACUAGACUCAAAAGAGCCUGGCAUUAACGAAUGUGCUCUCGAGCGCGAAAAAGAUAAUCACCAAUUCCGAUUCAAGAAUUCCGUUCAGAUUGAACACAAUUUAGAAGAAGGCCGAUUCUUGAGAGCCUCCAGAGACAUCGAACCCGGUGAGUUGAUCGGGGAAGAUGCUCCGGUGUUCAAGAUUUUGAAUCAAGAAAGUGUCAAACACUUUUGUUGGCAUUGCCUCAUGCGACUUGUCGCUCCCAUUCCGUGCGAACAUUGUUCUGGGAUUGGAUUCUGCUCACUUCCUUGCAGAAUUGCGGCCCAAUCGUCCUAUCAUAGGUUUGAGUGUGGUCGAACGGAUUUACUCUACAAAAGCAAUAUCGGAGUUUGGAUUCUGGCAGCUAGAGCUCUGGGAUCGAUGCCAGAUCUAGUAACCGAGUCCAAAGAGAAUCUCCCUCGAGUUUGGCAAAGCGUUCUCAACAUGGAGAGUCACGAAGGGUCUGAUCAAUACUCGGCCCCAGAGCUCAUGAAAGAGGCCUUGGUGGCAGUUUUCCUCACACGUUUCUUAGAGCAAGGGAAUUUUUCUCACUCCUGCUUCUCAUCCUCGCAUCAAGGUGCACAGAGUGGUUGUUUGAAGGUGGCGAAUGUGAUGCAUAAGAUUAUGCGAGUUAUUCGAUUCAACUGCCACGAAAUAUUGGCCAAGCAAGAGGGUCAAGCCCACCCCAAGAAGAUUGGUUUUGGGAUAAAUCCAUCCCUAGCCCUGAUUAAUCAUUCGUGCGAUUCAAACUAUGGACGCGUAUGGUCCAGCGAUCAGCAAAAGGUAUUGGCUUUUGCUACCAGACCGAUAAAAAUGGGUCAACAGAUUUGUGACGUCUACUCUGGAGUGUUUUCCAAGAGUUCAAAACAGGAGCGUCGAGAGGUUCACGAUCGCUAUCAUUUCCAAUGCCAAUGUGAACCAUGUUUGGAGGAUUGGCCAGUCCUGGAACAUUUACCCAAGGGGGUUCAUAAUUUGCCAAAGCAGAACUACCACGAGGGAGUGACAACUCAACAAUUAAAGAUUCUGGCCUCUCUUUUGAAGCGAGUAAAGCAACGUCCAAUGGAGAUUUCGACCUUGAAAGAAGCCCUUGUUUUAGCUCACGAAUGCCUAAAACCGCCCCAUUUAGUGUUGGUUCAACUUGAAGAAUCGCUGCACGCAGCUUUGUGGCAAUCGAAUUUUUAAUGACCUUGAGAAAAUCAAAGGAUUUUUUGUACUUUAAACUCUAAGCCGUAGUCGGUUCAAAAUCAAUUGUUGGCUAGAGAAUAAAGCUUUGCUUUCAGAA